AUGCGACUGAACAGUAAAUUCUUCGAUGAUUACCAGUUCUGUUAUAAAGGAUUACAUACAUAUAAUAAACCAGAUUUUUGCGAAGAAAGAGUUGAUGGAGCCAUUAUGUGUUUGUGUCGAACUGAUUACUGUAACACUAUUGAUCUACCAGAUAGAUCAAUUCCAACAACUAUACAGUUAGUCACUUGUAGUUAUUAUGGAUUGAGUAUGAAUUCUAUCAAUGUCGCUGCAAUGGAUACUUGCUAUUUCGAAGAGUCAUUGUCAUUUGGUGAAAAGAUUCAAAGGACAGGGGACAAUUACGGAGUAUUUUCGUUAGGAUUGACCAACAAUGAAUUAUCUCUUCCUCGAACUCCAUACCCAAACUCUUGUUUGAACUUUACUAGUGACAAUGAAAACUACUCGUAUAGCUGUAGUUGUAGAUGGAGUUUAUGUAACGAGAAACAACCAUACACAGUAGAACGAGGAAAAGUUAAAUGUUAUCAUUCUAAAAGUAAUUUUUCGAAAAAUGUGUAUUGUACUGGUCAAUACUGUGUACAUACUCCACCUUAUGGAAUUACUCCUGCUCAGUAUGGCUGCAUAAGUGCAUAUGAAGAGGGGCCAUACAAACUUGAACUCGGUUUAAUACAAGCUUGGGAACAUCAACUAUACUUGUGUAACUCUGAUUUUUGUAAUGACAAUGUUAACAAUAUCCUGGCAUCAGUGAACGCAUUCAAGAGUUCAUCCGCAUACGAGGCUUACCGGCUAUCUCUUCAACAAACUCCAACCAUUCGAGCCCCAGAAAGUCGAGCAGCCCACCUUCCUUUCGCCAUCAUAUAUUUAGUUAUGUGUUUACAUAUGGUUUAUGGAAACUAA